GAAUUUCCCCUUCACCUUGUGAAGGUUAUUGUAUGAAACGAGGACGAGAGUGGGGGUGUUGUGCUUUAGUUCAAAUUCUAUGGAUCAAGAUUUAUGUGGCCCCUCCUUGAUUCUCUGGUUUUCUGGAAGCAGGCCACCCACACCACUCCCUCUCCACCACUCCCCCUUCUCUCUAGUCAUAGUCAGACACAAGCAGACUGGUUGAGUGGCAACACACUACGAGCGGGGGGAAAAGAUCUGUAGAAUUUGAAUGAGCUGUUUUAAGGGAGUCCUAGCUAGUCUCCCCCUCUGAGCCCGGGAAGAAGUGGAAAACGCUGCGCCUAUUCUCCGAGUAGUUCUGAAAGGAGCACGAGGGGUAAAGACCACAUCUAUAAAAACGACUCCCUUCAAACUCCUGGAACUGUGACUGUCCUGAGGAGAACACUCCCCUCACACAUACUCACCAACGGACCGUGGAGGCGUGAGAAGAGCCGUGGAGAGGAGCAGCUGACGCAAAACAGACGAAGCACAACGAGGAAGAGAGUAAAAAGGAGAGGGGGAGGAGAAGAUGGAGGCCUUGCUUCCUGUGUUGCAGCGACACCCUGGACUGUCUGUGUUGGUGUGGGCUCUGAUGUUCCGGGUGGCCCACCGACUACUACAGAACCUGCCUGUGCCCAAAGCGGUGGCGGUGGAUGACUUCCGCUCCUGGAAGUGGAGGAACCUCUCGGUCUCUAUGGUCCACUCCCUCCUGACAGGGACUUGGGCUGUGACCUGUGUGAUCAUUUCGCCUGAGUUGGCAACCAACAUUCACUCCUUCUACACGGCCCCGGCCUACAUGCUCAUCUGCAUCUCAUCAGGAUACUUUGUACAAGAUGCAGGUGACAUCAUUCUAACUGGACAUGCAAGAGGAUCCUGGGAGUUCUUAAUUCAUCAUGUUCUGGUGCUCUGGUGCUUCCUGUAUUCUCUAUACUCGCACCUCUAUGUGGCCGGUGCUGUGGUGGCUCUCUUUGUGGAGGUUAACAGUGUCACCCUGCAUUUGAGGCUAAUGCUGAAGCUAGCAUCACAGCAGUCGUCCCCUCUGUACCAAAUCAAUAAGUUCCUCAACCUCUUCACCUACAUCGUCUUCCGGCUCAGCGCACAGUUCUACCUCACAUAUUACAUAGUCCAGAACUACUCCUGGAUGGACAAAGGAGGCUACUUCCUAGUUACCAUGACCCUCAUGAACACCAUGAUCCUGAUCUACUUUUAUCGUCUUCUCCGCGCCGACUUCUUCCCCCGGAGCAGGGCUCUCAUGGAGCAAAAUGGCACCCACAACAACGUCAAAAAGUUCCUCAGUGAAUGACACCGAUAGUGACAUGACCGUAUACCAGAUGGUGUGUUUGUUCAGUUACACAUCUCAUCGCAUUGUGUCAAGCUGUGUCUUCAUUAUUAGUAUUAUUAUAACAACAAAAAAGCUCUCUCUAAAUGGCUCGUGUUGUAGUGAGAGGCGGCCAGGAAAAGAGGUGAUUAUGCCCAGUGUGGCUGAAGAUCCCACUCACACAAACAGGGCAGCAUACAGUGAGAGACUGGUCUGUUCACACUGACUGGGAUAACCCUAAUAAAUUACUUCCAGGAUACUGUGCCACUUUUGCUUCUGAUCAUAGCUAAUACAAUUGUUUACAAUAUAGGAAUUUACAUGAUUCAUGUGGAAUGCUCUUUAACAGAAAAAAUGCUAACAAUCAUGCAUACAUGCAUGUUUCUCUACUGUAUGCAAACUGCCAAGGAUAACAGGCACCACCUUGGUUGCUGUACAUCCCACCCAACAAAUUCUGUCAGGUGUCGCUUAGCAACAGUUUUAUUGAAAUUUCCACUAAUAGGAUUUUGUAAAUAUAGUAUAGUACAAUCAAUAUCUGACACUAACAAACUGUCAGACAAUACAUCUGUUUCACUUUCAUUCUUCCCUGUUUGGUCUCAAGGUCAACACCAAUACAUGGGUGAGCGGCAUUCUUUCAACAGCGACCAUUUAUUCCAUAAAUGUAACGUAGUGAAAUGCAUGUAUCCCCUGGAAAGUAGCUCAAUGUACAGUCAGGUCAAUUUUUAUUUAUUGAGGUUACAAGAAUUGCUUCUCUUCAAAUUAUUUAUCAAAGUGAAAACGGACACCAAACGGACAGGUCCAGAGGAUGGGUUAGCCUUGAGUCUUGGUAAGCCAUAGUAGUGCCUAUACCGCAGUUCCUUCUCAACAAUCUUCCCUGGAUAGCCCCCACAGUAUGUCUAUAGAAGGUGUUGGGGAAGCUACUCUGAAAAUAAACUCAGCAAAAAAAGAAA